AUGUCAAGUGCUGCGUUCAUUGAACCAAUCCUUGAAACGAUUGGUUUAUUAUUGGAUCAAGCAUCUGGCAGCGACGAAGAUACUAAACCUGUACUAAUUUUACAAACGUCUAAUUUCUUUACAGAGAUUUUACCUAAUAUCUCUGAAAAGGACCAGACGUUUGAGAAUUUAUCUUCAAAGGCGAAGUAUCUUCUCAAAUUGGCAUAUGAUUUCUUGCCAACAUUUCUUAAAAAUCAAGAAUUUUCACAAAAAUUAGUGGAAUUACUCAUCAAUAUCAUCAAUUCCAAAUUAAGGAUGAGCGUGGCCAUUGAGUUAUCAUCAUUUAUGAAACAAUUUUUGUUUGAAAAUUACGAUACUUCAGAAGGUUUCCCUGAUUUUGAAAAAUUACUUGCCUUAUUCUUCGACAUACAAGAAUUUGCGUCCCCAUUUGAGCAGCAAGGUGGCAUCUUCUCUCUUUGGGACAUCUUCAAGAACAAACAGAAGGUCGAGCACUCGAAAUUUUUGUUGCAAAUGAAUCAUAUCUACCUUCAGUCAUCAGAUCCAUCCGAUGCAAAUGCAUUCUUAUCAUACGCUAUCUCAUCAUUCAAUGAGAUUGAUCAAACAGUAUUUAACCAAGCAUUCCAAUUUUUAUUUAACAUUUUCUUGCAUCAAAAAUGCGAUCUAGUAUCGGAAUUCUCCGUGUUAGAUGGUUUUGUACAGUUAAACAAGUAUAUUCUAUCGCAUAAUCAAUCAGAUCUCUUAGUUCAAUACCAAUUUUUCCGACCACUCAUACAAAAGGAUCAAAAAUACAAAAUACCGCAGCCCAUCCAAGGCAUAAUACAUUUGGUCAUCCAGGACGAGCUUACGUCCAUCGCAAGGACAGAUGCGCUGUUAAUGUUGUUAGCGUUCAUAAAAGACUUCACAAGUGAAAACUUCCCGCUAAAACCUACCGACAUCAUGCUAAUUUCUUCUAAGUGCAAGAAUCCUGGCGAAAUUGCUGCUUUGUCAGAAAUUUUAUUAUUUAUUUCUACGAAUCUUGAAUUUGACAUCGCAUCACUAUUCCCUGUUAUUUCCAAGCUUAUGACACCAGAAAUUCUUCUCAAUCAAAAGAGCAAUUCCAUUUUCAAAGUCAUAAAAUUCUGUUGGAGCACAUUCGGACCGGAAGGUGCAACAUUUGUCAUCAAUCUCACAAAAUCAUGCAAUAAAGAACAGCUCGCGACACUUCUCAACAAAUACCAAGAACUUUACAGUGUGUCAUCUUUAUCAAUUGCCAGUGAAUUCAUCAAAAUCGACGACAAGAAGGUAUUCAUUACUAAUUUCAUCAAUGCAGGUCCAUUCCUUACCGACGUUGAAGAGUUCAAAGCUGUUGUUGCUGAUGCAAUGUUCAAUAAUGACUUAAGACUAAGCGUGAUCAUGGAAACAGUCAAUCUGAAAUCACAGAAUGACAUAAUACAGCUCAUAUUCUCCGCAGUUCAGAGGGCAUCUAUGAAUCCUUUCAUUCGUCAUAAAAUUAUCGAACAAAACAUACUGAAAACUGUAGCUACUUUAUACAUAAGUGGCAGUUUGAGCAUUGAAUCCAUCAUUGAUUUAAUCCUAACUCUUUCCGGCCAUACAUAUAACCAGUUAUUAGACCUCCAAGUCGCAAAUUUCGUCAAUCAGACAGAGUUGUUUAAGAUAAAAGACCAUGAGACAUUCGAAAUCUUGGCUUUUGAUAAUGGAAAAUCGUUGAUCUUCCCUUCAUUAAUUCAUUUGUGCGAGAAAAUAGUCCUAAGAACACCAUAUGAUAUCUGGGUAUGCGCCCAGUUUGGUUUGGAGAACUGGAUGAACCAAACAGGCCGAUCAAUCUCUGAAUUUCCGCAAAUCAAACAAUUAUGCAAACACUACAUCCUUCCAAGCCACGCAAACAUGCUUCUGGACAACCCGCACUUAAUGGUUGAGUCCAUAUCUGAAGAUUUUUCACUCACACCACUGUUCCAGUUCCAGAAGAAACUCCAGAAUUCGCAUCUAAACAUAAAACUCGGAAUGUCAAGUAAUUCUGGCUUAUCUCUCUCGUUUUGGUUCUAUUUUACAAAACUUCCUCAGAAUGCGCAAGUCAUCUGCAACUUCAUGAACAAUCUAUUAUGUCUGAAAGAUGAAAAACUUAACUACGGUGACAAAGAAGUAGCAAAAAUUACUGCAAAAAAGUGGCAUAACGUAAUAUUUACUCUGACAAACCAGUUGAAAUUGUCACUUUUCAUGAAUUCACAAUUAAUUUACAAGAGCCAGCACUCUGUCAAAUAUGACAAUGUGACAUGUUUUUCAUCAUUCACAAACCAUGUAUUGUGGUACAUUGGCGGCUGCAUCAGAGUCAUUACAAGACAAAUUUCUGAGAACGAAAUAUCGAAAAUUUUCAAGAAAGGAGUUUCGAACACCACGAAAUUCAUUGACAAAGAGAAACUCACUGUUUCUGCAUCGACAUACUUGAAACCAUUCGGAGGACACCAUGUCUCCAACACGCAGAACAACGGCGAGAACGUUCUGUACGUUCCUUCUUAUCCACUCAUUCAUCACCUCCUCUACCACCACGACGGAAACAACUUCAUCUUCAAAUUAGUGGUAGAAUGUUUGGCCAAAAGUGACAAUUUUGAAGAUUUUGCAUCAGCGAAUGAGAGGAAAUGCAUUGAAAAGUCCAUUUUGAUAUCAGAUCCAAGUCCACAGAGUUCUUCUGAUGACAACAGCACUCAAAUAUCAGAGACAAACUCAUCAGAAAAUUUGGUAUUUGUCAAUGAUUCAAGAAAUACAAGAUUCGAAAUUGCAAGUUCUCCAAAGGAAAACGAAAAUUUGUCAUUGUCAGAUAUGAAGUCAAAAAGUAAAACAUUUUUGUCAAAUUCCGUCAUAAAAUUCCAGUCAAACUCUGAAUUGGAGAAAGCUAUCAAAUACAUCGAAGAGCUCUGUUGCAUGCAGAAGUACAGCAAGACAAGCUGGGACAACAGAGAAUUUGCAAAGCACAUCUCUGUUUUGUUAAACUUGUGUCCAGAUGUAUUUGACGAAAAAAUGACAAACCUUUGGAUGUCAGUUUUCAUUCAAAAUGAAAAAGUCGACUGGGAUUCAUUAUUGAUCAUUCUUUUAGAUCCUGGAUUGUUAAAUACAUCUCAGGCAAAGAUCAUCAUCUCCAAUUUGUUUGGAUUGAUCAGUCAGUGCCCUCCUCCAAACGAAAACCAGGAAGUUGACCAAAUUUUCUUGUUCUGCUUCGUUUCUCUUCAGUUGAUUGACGACUUUACCGAUGAAGUCAAACAAGUAAUUGUUGAUUUCAUGUCCAAACUGAAUCCGUCAACAAACAUUUUGACGAUUUGCUUCGUCGGAAUGACUGAUUUCAAGGCAUUGAUAACAAAUCCAACAAUUCAAUACUCUAUUCCACAAAAGAGCCAAAUUUACUCUGAUUUAUUCAAACAAAUCAUGAAGAAAGUUACUCCAGAACAGUCAUUCCAGUUCAUUUUCAGAGUUGUGAACCCAGAAGACGUAAUUUUGAGUAUCCACGAAAUUGUUCUCGCUUCUCUCAAAACUAACACAAACUUGGACAAGAAGUUCUUGAUGAGAUAUUGCAUAGAGAACUGCUACAACAAGGCCACAUGGGCAAUUGCUUAUUCUCUGUUUGGAAACAGGCCAAACGAAGUAGAUGAUGAAAAUUUGAGUUACAAGAACUUUGAUUUCUCAAUUUUGGAUGAUUUGCUAAUAAUGAUCUCAAUUCUUUUCACUGUCAACGCAAGGCAGGGAAGUUUCUGGGACAAGCAGAUGAAGUUCUGCGCUAAAAUACUGAGUGAAAUCUCUGAUAAAAUUCCAAAAGAUUUGCUGAACGACGACAAAUUCAUUUUCGCUUUGUGCUGCUUAAUGUACGGAAACAAUUUUGUCGAUCACAUGACAUGUUACCCGUUCGAGCCAAAGGAGUGGGAUGCGGAAAUUGUCUGCAAGAAGGCGAUGCUGAGAGGACAGCCAUUCUCCGACGGAAUGCCUGCAAACUGUCCUGCACCAAUAUUCAAUUCAUUGAUUUUGGAUGAAGAAACAGUCAACAAUGCGAAGAAGACAUUGUUAAACAUCAUUCCAAAGCAGAUCAACUUCUUACCGCCAAAUAAUGAUGUCACCUUAAAUUCAGGUGUAUUCCCCCUCUCUUUCCAACAGAGCAUUCACCACAACAACAAACAGAUUUACACAUCAUGGGGCGAAUUCACAACAGUUUUAGUUGGAAAGUUACUGAGAUCAGAUGAAACAUUGUCACUCAGAUCCGACCACAACAGACAGAGAAGAGUGUCAGACGCAUCAUUAUCCAGCAGGCCAAGAAGAGUUUCUGACCACAGCCAGCAGAUUCCUCAUCCAAUAGUUCCGCAAGCUAAGAAAAUUCCAAACUUGAGUCCACAGCAAAUAAACACCAUCAAUUCAGAAAUGUCUGCAAAUCCAAAUGCAAUUCCAUCAAUGACUCCUUUCCAGAUGCCAAGCAACAUUCCGAUCAUGUCAGCAAGAAACAGAAGAGUCAGUGACGCGAAUUUGCUUCCAAAGAGAAGAACAAACGAAGGCACUGUUCCACCAAGCCAACUCACUGUGAUGCAGAGACCAAAUGUGAAUUUGAUCUUCGUCAAAGAUGUUUUGGCAUUUGUUGUUCAGAUUUUCGUCAACAUUAUCAAUGAUGAGAACAUGUUCACUAAGUUGUUGGAUGUUUUAGUUCUUUCUCAUGUUCAUUUGAUUCCAGAACAUUCCAUCUUUGUUCUGCAGGAAUACGUCGUUGCUCUCCUUAAUCAUUUGACAACAAAGAGAAUGUAUUCUCAAAUAUUAGUUAACUUCACUGUGGAAAGAAUCAAAGAAGGAUGGUUCUCACUCAAAAUACCAGAAAUUCUCAAGAUUUUGUUGACAAAUCUUGAAAAAACAAAACAAAAAGUGACAAUUUCUCCGAAUUUACUUGAAUGUAUUGUCUUUUGUUUGACUAUUUCACCAGAAAACAACUUCCUUAAGAUUGGAGAGCUAUUGAACAGCUACCAGAAGAUUGUUUUCCCACCACACAAACAAUUUGACUACAUCCAAAAUAUUGACACUGUUUGCAGCGCAAUUUUGAAGUUGAGUGAGGACAAAUCGAUGAAAUCUCUUGCAAUUACAAUAUUCAACAAGAUGGCCGAGGAUUCAGACUUCAACUCCUUCUGGGUAUCCCAUACAGAAGAAGAGUCAGUUGAGAAGACAAAGUCUCUUUUGGUUGAAAAGAAUUAUUUGUUGCCUUUCAGAAAAUUCUUCACGAAAUUUGAAGAAAAAAUGUAUUCCAAGAUAUUGGCAACUCUCCAGAGUAUUGCAACUAAGAGAGCACUCAACGCAAACAAGUUCUACGAAGUGGCAGACGCAUUCUCUCAUUUACUCCAUUCAGACAUCGUAAUUUCAAGAUCAAUUUCAUGCACUUUGUCUCUUUUCAUGAGAGAUUUGUUCAUUUUCCAUUGCGAAUACUUCUUGAGAUCAAGGGAGCAGAUACUGACACAGCACAACUUGUUCAUUAACACAAACGGCGUCACCAAAUCUCUUUCAUUGUUGACAGAUCCAUUGUACCCAACAAAAAGACUCGAGAACUCUCCGGCAAUAUACAAUUUGCCAACAUAUCCAAAUGGAAGUGUCUCUGAGAGCUAUCCAAAGACUCCAUUUAUUGAAGAGAAGCUCCAGCACUGGCCAAUAAAGCUCAGAAACAUCAUCUCAAUGCCUUACCAGUUUAUCCAGCACUUGGCUUUGCAUGAUGUCCAGAAAUCCCUUCUUUUGACGUUUUCUUGCUGCGAAUUUUCCAUUCCAGGAAUAUUGAGAUUGGGAAUUGUCCAAGCUCUGUUCAACUCAGGCGGAAGCUUUGUUCUCCAGCAGCCAAUCGACUUCCUCUACGGCGUUGAGCCAAUACACGGUUUGUUGUUGAGAGGCAGAUCGAGUUUCUACUUCUUGUUCGGAAUUUCCGAGGGACAGAACUCUCUUUGCGCUGUUAGAGAAGAGUUGUAUCCAUUAUUAUUGAGGUUUUAUUUGAGCUACAUGAUCACAGGAAACUUCGGAGAGUGCUCUCUUUAUGGUGGAAGACCUGUUUUGCAGUGGAAAUUCAAGGAAAUAUUUGGUUUGUCGAAGCAUUUGUGGCUUCAGAAACAAGUUUCAUUUGAAGUUUUCACAACGAAAGGAUGGUCAUUCAUUCUCAUCUGCGACAACAAGAAGAAUUAUAAGACAAUCUUUAACUCUUUCUCCGAGAUCCAAAACGACACAUUCUCGAAACUUCCUCCAAUUUCAUCACACGUUUUCUCACCUUUGACAUCAUUCAAGCAGAUAAAGAACGGAUUGAAUGAAUGCGUCAAAGCAUGGGAAGACAACAGGAUAUCCAACUUUAAUUAUCUACUUUUGUUGAACAAGUUCGGCCUCAGAUCUUACUCAGACUAUUCGCAGUACUUCGUCAUUCCAUGGGUUGUUGGAAACUUCCUUGGCGAUAAAAUGCCUGAGAAAGACUUCAGAAGGGACUUGUCGAAGCCAAUGGGACAAAUCGGAGAGCAAAGAAUCGCCAAAUUCGAACAGAUUUUCAGAGAUUCCGGAGACAGUUACUUCUACGGAACUCACUACAUGCAUUUCGGCGUUGUUUUGUACUACAUGUUUAGAAUGGAUCCAUUCUGCAUGUUCUCUGUUUAUCUGCACCACGGAUGGGACCAUCCAAACAGAAUCUUCUUCGAUAUCAAAGAGAGCUACAACUCAGCCGCUUACCAGUCACCUGCAGACGUGAAAGAGCAGAUUCCGCAGUUGAUAACGGUUCCUGAGCUGUACAGCAACAUCUCGAAGAUUCCGAUGAAGAAGAGAGAAGAUGUCGUGAUUGCUGAGUAUUCGAAGAAUCCAAGAGAUUUCGUAAUGAAAAUGAUGAAGUAUUUCGAAGACGAGGAAACAUCGAAACACUUAUCUCAAUGGAUCGACUUAAUCUUCGGAAAACUAUCUCGUGGAGAUGGAGCUUUGCAAGCAAAGAACAUCUUCCAUCCUCUCUGUUACCCAUCAAUCAAAGACGACGAAGGAAUUGACGAACUCGAAGACGACGACAUCGAAAGAGAAGCAGCUAAAACAUGCAUCACAAACUUCGGCCAGUGCCCGCCACAGUUGUUCAAGAGAUUGCACUCAACAAGGAACGAUCUCAAGGCUGUCACUCACCUCUUGACUGAGCCAGAGAACAUUGUGAUGCAGAAGGUCAACUCCUCUAAAUACAGCCCUUACACAGACGUCCAAGUCAGAAAGAACGAAAUCAUAACAACGGAUGGAAAUUCUUCCAUUGUUAAACCGAAAUGCCACUACUCUAUCUGCGUCAGCCACAUUUCCCACACAAUUAUCACUUGGCAGCACGACCCAACGAAGAGAUGCCAUGACAUGAUGAAAUCUGGAGACACAAUUGCAACAGACAUGUCGAUAAGAAGCUCAAGUGCAACAGGAAUUUCUCCAGACGGACUUUACUAUGGUGUCGGACAACACGGUGGAUCAGUGAUCGUUUAUAGACUGAUCUACAGAGGAAUGAAACCUGUCGAGGCGAUCAAAGAGUUCAUUUUCGAGACAUCUGAUUCGGUAAGAAACGUUGUUUUCUCUCCAGAGCAUUUCCUAGUUUUCGCAACAUCGAAGAGCGAUGUCGACGCGUUCAGCAUCGGAACAGGAAGGAAGGCAUGGAGCUACAGACCAGGAUAUGAAAUUUACUCACUCUGUGUCGACGACAGAACAGCCGAAGUAAUUGUGGCAGGCAGCGAAAUCUCUGUUUUGUCGAUAUCCGGAGACGAACUCAUCAGAAAGAAACUUCAGAGAACGGCAACAUGUGUCAGAGCAACGACAUUGAGAGAGACAACAGAGAAGCGAUUCUUCGUUGUUGGACAUGUCGAUGGAACAGUUUCUUUCUGGACAAUCGACUACGAAACAAUGACGAUCAAAGAAAACGCACAUAUAAGAUGCACAAAUCAAACAAUUGUCAAUAUUACAAUUGACAAAACAGCACAGAGAGUUGUUUUCUCUUCUUUGCAUGAAGUAUUUGAGGCUUCUUACAGAGGAACAAAUCUUAAGCCUCUCUCUAAGGAAAUGGCGAAAGACUGUUGUGUCUGCCACAGCGAAAAUUCACAAAAACUACGUCCUUGCACCAUUUGCAAGAGAUUUGUUUGUGAUGGAUGCUCCAAAGAAGAAGGUGAAGCACAGACUUCUUUCAAGAAACUAUAUUGUGAUGAAUGUUAUUCAUUAUUUAAGAAGAAAGAUUAA